AUGAGUAAUAAAAAAUAGACUCUACAAAAUAAAUAAUAAUAAAAAAGAUUAAGAUAAAUAAAUUAGAACACAAACAUAGCCCAAAUUUAGAUUGUUGAUUAAGAAUCAGAUGAAUCAUAAUUUUCUCAAUCAAAAAAUUUAAAUGAAAAUAAUGCAGAAAACUUUUUAGAUUCCUUAUAAUAAUAAGAUGAUCAUUCAGAUUAAAGCAAGUAAUAAUAAAAAAAAUCAUCUAAUAAUAACUUUAAAAAACUUCUUAAAAAAAAUGAAAAAUUAUAUUGUAACACGAGAGGAGUGCAUUAUUAAGUUGAGAUUGCUACACUAACUCGUUUAGGUAAUUCCUCUUAUGUGUAUUUUGAUGAAAAGUAGAGAUUUAAUACUGAAUUUCAAGAUGUUUUGAAUAGAUUUUACAAAUCAAUUCCAAUAGAUAAAGAGAAAAAAGUUGAGAAAGUUUAAAGUUAAUUUCAUGAUAAUUUAUUAGAUUUUGAAGAUAAUAGAUUAUUAAUAGAUUCACAAAUGCUUUCUUUAAGAAAAUAAUUGAGAUUAAAAAAAUAAAAUAAAACAAUAGAUUAAGAUAUGGAUAUCAUAUAAUCUAUUGAAAAUUAAAUAGAUUAAUUAAAAUAGAAGAAAAGAGAAUUAGGAGUUCAAUAGGAAGAAGAGAAAAAAUGUUUCUAUCUAUCAAUUGAUUAAAAAUAUCAUUUAAAAUAAUAAGAACAUCUAAAAUGUUUGACUCCUAGAUAUUUUCAAAUCUAAAGUUAAUUAAUUUAUGACCUCAUAUUAAAAAAUGAAAAUCCAUCUUUCUAAAUAUAUCCAUAUAAAAAAUAGCCCUAAUGGCUCAGUCAAUAUAAAGAGAAAUUCAAUAUCUUUAAAUAAAAAGAUAAAUAAAUAUGGCCUCCUCUUUAUUUUUAUAGUUUUUAAGAUAAGAGUGCUUUAAUGAUUACUUCUCAUUUAAUCUUAAUAUCUAUACGAUUAUUAAAUCACAUACAAGAUAAUUAGGUGUAUGAAAAAAUAUUUAUAGAUUUAAUUAAGGUUCUCUUUAAUAUUGAUAUUCCUGAAUCAGAUCAUCUUUUCAAUACUGAAAAUUUAAAUGAAGAGAUAAUAAAGAUAUUAAUUUCUUAAGAAAAAUAAAACAUUAUAGAUUAAAAUGAAAUAUGUGAUAAGACAUUUUAAACUCCUGAAUAUCCAGAAAAGAACAAAAAGAAGCUUAAGUUUUAUCCAAAUUUUUAAAAAGAAGAACUCGUUAUAUAUGGAAGACCUGUUUUUGAGUGUUCUUUGAGAAUUAUGUAUGAAAUAUAUUUAAGAGUUUAGAAGAUUAUGAAAAUAUAAACAACAAUAUCUUACUAAAAUAAUAAAUAUAUGAUUGGUAAUUUAAUUCUUGAAUGUUGUUAUUAAUAAUUAAUAGAAUAAAUGACAAAUAUAACUUGGCAAACAAUCUGCAAAUCAAUACUUAAUGAAAAGGACUCAUGCGAAAUCUCAUCUCUAAAUAAACUUAUAAAUGAUUUUCUCAUAUUAUAUUAUUAAUAUGAUAAAUUCACAUUUGAAUUAUUAAAAAAUAAGAUCUAUAAUGUCUUAGGAAAGAAUAGUAAAAUGGUGAAAGAAAAAGUAGAUAUUAUUAAAAUUAGUGCUAAUUAACUACUGUAAAAAUUUAAAGAGGAAUUAAAAAAUAGAAUGAUGGCAAGAAUACAAACAGUUAAUGGAUUGAUGGUCAUUCAUGUUUUUGAACUUAAUUGA